GAUCAGGUCUUCAUGACCCUUAUGAGGUUACGUCUAUGGUUGCUUCUAGGCCACCUCUCCAGAAUAUUUAAAGUGCCAGUGCCAUGCGUAAGCAAUAUAAUCACAAGCACACUGGAUGCCCUUCACGAGGUGAUGCAAAGCAUCGUGAGAUGGCUACCAGCUUCCUACAUACGAAACAGCAUGCCUAAAAGCUUUGUGGAAAGUGGGUAUGGGGGCACCACCUGUAUCAUUGACUGCACGGAAGUUAACCUACAGCGACCAAAGAAACUGAUUGCAAGGGCACAGGCAUACAGCUCGUACAAAGCACACAACACUGUGAAGUUCCUGACCGCAAUUGCCCCAAAUGGAUUUACAAUGUUUGUCUGCGAGGCAUAUAGCGGCAGAGCGUCCGACAAAUUCAUCAUGAAAGACUGUGGAAUAGAGGACAACUUUGUGAGGGGAGAUGAGGUGAUGGCUGACAGGGGUUUUUCCCCUAGUCUUCACUUAGAGGUUGAAGGUGUGAAGAUGAAUGUACCUGCCUUCACAAGAGGAGAGCAGCAGCUCAGUGAGAAAGACGUGAAUGCAACGCGUAGGAUUGAGGCUUUCCGCAUCCACGUUGAAAGAGCCAUCAACCGCAUGAAGACUUACAGGAUACUUCUGCACCCUUUACCAAUCAAGUCAAAGAAGACAAUCAGCAAGAUUGUUUUUGUCUGUUUCUGGGUUGUGCAACCUAAAGCCCGCACUAAUUAG